AAGGAGGGGGCUCUGUUGAAAAACCGACUAAGGGGCUGCUGUGGUAGAGGUGACAGAGUCAGUGUUAAGACUAUGCCAGAGCUGGAGGAAGCGUGUUCAGGUGUUCUCAGUCUAGCCUUUAUCAAUGGACUCCAACUAAGGUAACAAAGUCUGCAUACGCAGCGUAUUAAUUAACUUACAGGGGGGGGGCGGAAACCCUCAAUAAAGUUCGGACAUUUGUUUGUGCUCAUUACAGACACGGUUACUAAAGAGGGACUUUUCUAAGAGUUCGGCUGCCCCGCUGCUUCUCCGGUCAAUGAGCACGUCAAGUAUUGGUAGGCUUCAAAACAACUGACAUCCACUGCAGAGGAAACGUCUUCAAAACAACUGACAUCCACUGCCAGAGGAACCGUCUGACAGAAGACAGAGAGGAGGAGAGGGAGCACGGGGGGCGGCGGAGGAGGACGAGAGAGAAGGAUCCAUGGAUAUUUCAUGACUUUAUUCACAGAAGAGCCUCAAUCAAACCUGCCGGGAAGGCAAGGGAUUUAAAGGAGGAAAGAGAAAGAGAAAAAAAAAAAAGGGAGAGAGAGCAACGGAAUUAUCUGUAAUUUCCCCUAGCAGCCAAACAAGGGUCCCUCUGAUGGCCACUGACUGAGAGCAGCCCACUUGAAAUACCCAGAAGACCCACACAUACAGAAGGUAAAUGACCCACACCACAGAAGAGACCGUUCUUGUAAGGGCGCUACGGGCUGCAGUAUGAUUCCCCCUGUGGUUGUUCCACUGGUGCUGCUGCUGGUCUGCGGGCCCGGCUCCACACUGCAGGUGGGGGCCGAGGAGUUGGAGAGCAUAGACGAGGUUCUGGAGCCGGAGUUCCUCUACGCUGGACGCACCAAGCGUGCUGUGUCAGCUGACGCCUCCUCGCAAGUGGACAAGUGCUCCUACACCUUCAUCGUCCCCCAGCAAAAGCAAACCGGCGCCAUCUGCGUCAACUCCAAGGAGCCCGACAGCCUCCUAGAGAACCGGGUCAACAAACAGGAGCUGGAGCUGCUGAACGGCGAGCUUCAGAAGCAGCGGCGACAGAUGGAGUCGCUGCAGCAGCUGGUGGAAGUGGACGGAGGCAUCGUCAACGAGGUCAAGCUCCUGCGCAAGGAGAGCCGCAACAUGAACGCCCGCGUCACGCAACUCUACAUGCAGCUGCUGCAUGAGAUCAUCCGCAAGCGCGACAAUGCCCUGGAGGUGUCGCAGCUGGAGAACCGCGUGCUCAACCACACCUCCGAGAUGGGUCGGCUGGCUUCGCGCUACCGCGACCUGGAGCACAAGUACCAGCACCUGUCCACCCUCGCCGGCAACCAGAGUGCCCUCAUCGUGCAGCUGGAACAGCACUGCCGCCGAGGGGGCCACUCGUACGGGGGGGAGAGAGAAAGGUCUCGCCCUGUUCGCCCCCAGCCCCCCGUUGUCCCACAGCAACCUCCGCAGCAGAGGCCGGUAGCGCCGCCAGUAGCUAGCAAACCCUACCAGCCGCCCACCUACACCCGCAGCAACCAGAUCACCAACGAGAUCCAGAGUGACCAGAAUUCCAAAGCGCUGCCACCUCCGCUGCCCACCAUGCCCAGUGGCACUCACCAGCCGUCCACCACAAACAAGCCCUCAGGGCCUUUCAAGGACUGCCUUGCGGCUCUAGAGGAGGGCCACACCACCAGUGGCAUGUACCUGGUCAAGCCUGAGAAUGCCAACCGGUUGAUGCAGGUGUGGUGCGACCAGAGCCACGACCCCGGCGGCUGGACAGUUAUCCAGAGGCGCCAGGACGGCUCAGUCAACUUCUUCAGGAACUGGGACACCUACAAGCAAGGUUUUGGUAACAUUGAUGGCGAAUACUGGCUGGGUCUUGAAAACAUCUACUGGCUGACCAACCAGGGCAACUACAAGCUUCUGGUGAUGCUGGAGGACUGGUCAGGACGCAAGACAUUCGCCGAAUACGCCAGCUUCCGUAUUGAGGCAGAGGCAGACUUCUACAAACUAAGAGUGGGUCGCUACCAUGGCAACGCCGGGGACUCCCUCACGUGGCACAACGGCAAGCAGUUCACCACGCUGGACAGGGAUCACGAUGUGUAUACAGGUAACUGUGCCCAUUACCAGAAGGGUGGCUGGUGGUAUAAUGCCUGUGCUCACUCCAAUCUGAACGGCGUGUGGUACCGGGGAGGCCACUACCGCAGCCGCUACCAGGACGGCGUCUACUGGGCCGAGUUCCGCGGCGGCGCUUACUCCCUGAAGAAAGUGUCGAUGAUGAUCCGGCCCAACCCCAACACCUUCCACUAAGAUCACAGUUCGCAGAGCGAGAACCAACCGCAGGAAACCUUUUGUUAUUAUAAUUUUUUUUUUUGAAUGGGCAUUUCCUCCAACGUGACCCCGUUUCCUCUGUCCUGAGAAUAGGUGCAAUUCAUUUCAGCUUCUGUCCUUUUGUUUUCUUUUGAUUCCCUUUAUCUCUUUACAUACAUAAAUAUAUAGAUAUAGCAUAAAAGUGCAAUGGCUGUCUUCUGUAUGGCUCACAGGGCCAGUGUGGUGUUUUUCCCCCCACAAGGGGUUCAAAGCCCUCUCGCAGAACUCAUCUAGCGUUCUUUGGAGGCACAGUUCCACAUGGUUUACCUUCUCGUUGAACUAGCAGGGCAGUCAAGUUCCCUCUGAGGAGCUUGCAAAACAAUUGCAAUUACAAAAGACACAGGACCUGUGCCUUUCGGACACUGACUUUGCACAUACGCUGAACGAAUGCAGAAGUGAUGGUGCCGGCUUUCAUUGUGUUGCUCUACAGCUGCCGACAAAUGAAACCAAGAGAGAAGUUUGCAUUACAGUUUAUUCAUUGGUUGUGAAAAAGGGGAAAUAUUUUUAUGUUUUUUUGUUGUUGUUGUUCAUAAAUAUACAUAUAGCACAUCUCCAUAAAGAACGUUUUUUGACGGUU